AUUCAUACAUUCCUCACCAACUUUGCUAGCUUCACUUAGAAUUAUUAUGUUCUGUUUUGAAUUUCUCCAGAACUUUUUCCACCAGGUUUCAAUCUCUAUUGGUGGAAUCUCUGGCUCUACUUAGUCUUAACCUAGCUCUCUUCCUGAUUAUUUCAGCUACUUGGUUUUAUGAAAUUUGAGAGAUAGAUCAAUGGGGAAACAAGGAUCACCGAGAAGUCCUCGGCCCGAACCGGCAGAUAAACAAGAGAAAACCGGGAGAAGAAGUUUGGAUUCUUUAACAGGAAAUGAUCUCUUUAUUGGUAGAAGAAUAUUUGGAAGUGAAGUAACCAAGGCUCAUCAUGGAUCUAAACAUGAUCAAAGCUAUGGCAGUAGCAACAAGUUUGGUUACUCUUGGAAGAAGCAACACUCAUGGCUUCGUAGGAACUUCAAGUCGAUUCUUCUGAUGAUCUCCGUCACCAGUUUCAUAUUCUUUAUGGAUUCCAUUAUGGUUUCGAUCUUUCAUUCGGAUAGAAGCACAGUGGUGCAGGACAUUUCAAGGUUGAGCAAUGUCACUCUACAUAAGAAUGGUUCAUCUCAAGAUGCUUCACCGGUGCAAAUGUAUAGCCGUUUACUAAACUUAGCUUCAAAUUCUCUUGCAAAGAACGUAUUCAAACCUGAUGCACCAAACUUCCGGGAGGUAAGAACUUCAAAGUCAUCACAGUGGAAGCCUUGUGCUGAUAAUAACAAUAAAACUGUGGCAUUAGAGAGGUCUAGAGAAAUGAACAAUGGUUACAUUACGGUUAGUGCAAAUGGUGGCCUUAAUCAACAGCGUGUUGCUAUCUGUAACGCUGUUGCGGUUGCUGCUCUUCUUAACGCGACUCUAGUUCUUCCUCGGUUUCUUUACAGCAAUGUCUGGAAAGAUCCUAGCCAGUUUGGUGACAUAUACCAGGAGGAACGUUUCAUUGAGUAUCUGAAAGAUGAGGUGCAUGUAGUCAGGGAUCUUCCUCAACAUCUAAAAUCUAUUGAUAACAAAAAUCUCAGCUUGGUUACUGAUGCUGAGCUCGUAAAAGAGGCAAAGCCAGUGGACUACAUCGAACACGUUCUUCCUUUGUUAAAGAAGUAUGGAAUGGUUCAUCUCUUUGGAUACGGGAACCGCCUCGGUUUUGAUCCGUUGCCUUUUGAUGUUCAGAGAUUACGAUGUAAGUGCAACUUUCACGCGCUAAAAUUCGCUCCCAAGAUUCAAGAAGCAGGAUCUCUGUUGGUGAAACGGAUAAGAAGAUUUGAAACAAAGCGUAGCAGGCUUGAUGAAGCAUUACUUGGUGAAUCCAUGGCUAAAGAUUCCUCUACAGGAGAUCAAGAACCAUUGAAGUAUCUAGCUUUACAUCUAAGGUUUGAAGAGGACAUGGUUGCUUACUCUCUGUGUGAUUUUGGAGGAGGAGAAAGGGAGCGUAAAGAGCUUCAAGCGUACCGAGAAGAUCAUUUCCCUCUUCUCCUCAAACGUUUGGAGAAAUCAAAGUCUGUUUCUCCAGAAGAGUUGAGGAAAAGAGGAAAGUGUCCACUAACACCAGAGGAAGCAACUCUGGUACUUUCUGGUCUUGGAUUCAAAAGAGGGGCAUAUAUAUACUUAGCUGGUUCACAAAUCUAUGAAGGUUCUUCUCGUAUGCUUCCUUUAACUACUCUUUACCCGAAUCUCGUCACUAAAGAAACUCUCCUUACACCACAAGAACUUGCACCAUUCAAGAACUUCCCUUCUCAGCUAGCUGCACUAGAUUUCAUAGCAUGUGCAGCUUCAGAUGUGUUUGCAAUGACUGAUUCUGGGAGUCAAUUAUCGUCCUUGGUGUCUGGAUUUAGAAUAUACUAUGGCAACGGUCAUGCACCAACAUUGAGGCCUAACAAGAAGAGGCUUGCAGCGAUCUUAUCAGACAGUGAAACAAUAAAGUGGAAGAGUUUUGAAAAUCGUGUGAGGAAGAUGGUAGAGGAAGGUUACAAAGUUAGUGUUAGGCCUUAUGGACGCAGUAUCUAUAGACAACCGAAAUGCCCCGAGUGUAUGUGUAAGUUUUGAUACUUGCGCUAGUCCAAAAUAGAAUGAAGACACUAUAUCAUAACGAUACUAAGUUUGUAACAUGUGAAUAACUAAGUAUGCCAGAAUACCCCAGUAGUAAUCCCACUUUAAACAUUUG